GCUUCAAGAAAAAAACGAGAAAACACUAAAAACAGAAAAGAAAAAACUAAAAGCACCACACCCAUCCAUCUGCUGCUGUCCAGGAUCCAGGAUCAAGCCCCUGCCAUUGCCAUUGGCCCCUCUGCCCCUCCCCCACGUCGAGCUUCCCGUGCCGCUGUCGCUCGCUGCCUUGGGCUUGCACGGCUUGCACUACUUUUAGUACCUGCACACAGCUUAUUAGACAUUUUACACACGCAUCCCACUGCCCAGUGCAGACCUGCUUUUCGCACCAUGUCUUCAUACAGAUAUGGCCGCCCGGCGCUGAAGAACAGCGUCGACGUGCAGCUGCAGACGGCCUUCAGCGAUGGCAACUGGAAUACCGUCAUCCGUCUCGCUGCGAAGAGGGCUGCCACCCUCAAGGAUCCCUAUUAUGAGGCCAUCAAGAUGUGUGCCGAGUCUCAGCUCGACGGCACUGCUGAAAAGUGUGCCGUGCUGGUUGCCAUAGAUGAUCUCGUCAAGAACAAGAAAACCCCGGAUAUCGACACCAUCGAGCUUUACGAGUGGGCCUGCCGUGAUUUCUUCGACUACGAGGUCGAGUACGCCGAUAGCCUCGGACCCCUGAGGGCCCGCUGGGCCAAGGCCAACCCCGGCAGCCCCCUGGCCCUGCAGUGUGUCCAGGCCUGUCUGGAGAAGUGGGAUCUCGUGAGCGCUCAGCAGAUCGCCACGAGUCUGGACAAGGCGUACGCCAACACUGCCGAUCGUCGGUACAUGUUCUGGAACAUCACCCUCACCUACCUUCUUUCAAUCAGCCCCCAGUGUACCGAUGCGAGCCGCAAGGUCUACAGCCUCUUGGCGGUUAGGCAUCUCGAGAGGGCAGCAGACUUGACAGACAAUUCCGCGAAGUUGGAGUCUACAGAUAGGGGCCUUAUUACGGAAGAAGAGGUCGGUCUUUACUACCGCGUCCUACACAGCCAUGGGACCAAGGAAGAAUACAUCUCCCGGCUGAAGAGCCCCAAACUAGGGGCUAUCAGCCAGCUCAAGGAAGGUCGCAAACUCCUCUUCUGCGAAGCACUCGAUGCGCUUGAGGCGUGGGGCGAGUGGGAUCUUAUCUACAACUUAUGCCGUGAGGCUCUGGAGCUCGGCUUAGAAGGAGGCACCUCUCCCUUUUUUGUCUGCGACUUGCAGACCUGGAGGAAAUUUGCGUCGGCCGCCAGCAAGGUGGUAGACUCGGAUAGCGCGCUCGGCGAAGUACAAGCCAUAUUGAAGCGGUAUAUCGACAUCAAGGACACAGCGAGCGCCAUGUACAAGAAGAACCUCAGCUUAGCCUUGUUGGAGACCACAUUCCGGCUGCCCGCAACUGCACUUAAUCCCAACCACGACAACAACGGCUUGUCACCGAGAGUUGUCCAGAUCGGCUUGUUUCUCGACCAGUACUUCGAGCGACUGUCUGCGUUUGACGAUGUCAAGGGCUACGUGGCGGAGCUGGGCUUCGAGGAGAUUAAGACUCUCAUGGAGGAUGUGCUACCAAAAAUGCUCGAUGAGGAUGCCGAUAAGGCGCGGAAAGUUGUGCUCAACGCCCUGGUGUGCCGUCUCCGGUACCUCCUCUCCACCUGCCCACAAACCCUGUCCCCCCAGCCUGCCGCCGUCGAAGGCGAAACCCAAGACAAGCCCUUCCAGUGCCGGUUUUGCACCGAACCCACCGAGCUUCCGUGCGAGUCCUGCUUGAAGAAGCUCGUCGUCAAUGCCUCGGACGCGUACAGACAGAUUACUAGUGACAAGGAACUCGUGGAUUCGAUCCCCCGCUUGGAUAAGGACCCGCGACUGGACCUGGCCCUUGUCAUGGGCAAUUCACUCUUGAAGCUGUCAGGGCUGCGGCCUCGGACUUCGGAUGUCGGCCAGUCACUAUGGCAAUCCGUCGAACCCCGUUUGUUCCUGCAGGCAGUACUGCUGCUCGACACUCAGCUGAACGAGACUCCCGGGGACACCGAGCUGCGGUUGCUGCUUGUUCAGCUGUAUCUCUUGCUCGGAUGCGCCUCCUACGCCCACCGUCUCUGGACGCCGCUCGACGUCAAGCGGACCAUCCAGGAUGCGCUCAGCCCGCUGUUUUUCGAUAGGAUAUCCACGCUCUCUCCUGGCUUGUUCCAGGGCGGCCGCCCGCUGAUGGAGCCGUUGCGGGCCUUUUACAAGCACAACCUGAGUGACAAGUCUCCGGUGCGCAUCUGGGAUGCCUUCUCGGCGGGGAGCUACACUAGCAUACUCGACAUGAUCAACCACGACAGCAGUUUGCGUAGGAGCUGUACUCUGAUGAUGACACUGGUGGAGGAGCGGCGGGCGAUCCGGUGCUACGGCGGGAAGAUUGACUGCGAGAUUGAGCAGCACCCGCUUACUGAAAACAUCAAUGACGACACGACACUGGUUAGCAAGACGGACUACGGGCCGUUCCCGAACCUCGAAAGCCUCCACGGGCCGCCGAUCCACGAGUACCUCCGUCUCGGGCCCGGCCUCUCGAACGAACGGUCCCAGCUGGCCUUCCUCUCGGAACAGUACCUCGACCUGCUGCUGUACAAGCCGCCCAAGGACUACAAGCCGGCCAAGCAAACCGAAGCCGCUCUCCGCGACCGCGAGUACACGCUCGAGACGCUCUCCCGCCUUAGCAACUCCCUCAGCGACUUCCUACACCAACCCUCCACAACCUCCCGCCUCACCCCCUCCGAAACGACAUACUACAGCGUCUUCUCGCUCCUCUCCGCCGCCCUCCUAAUCGCCCUCUCCACCCCGCGCUCCGACCCCCUCCCCAAAACCCUCUCCCUCCUCACCACCUCCAUCAAAUCCGCCCUCACCACCCUCCGCAGCACCUUCCCGUCCUCCCCCACCAACACCGCCACCCCCACAACCACAACCACAACCACCCCCACUCCCGUAACAACCACCGCCUACCCCGCCCUCACCUCCCUCCCCAUUUUAUCCUCCAUCCGCGACACGGCCCUCGCGGUACGGCACAGCGCCGCCUUCGUCGCGGCGGCGCACGACCGCGAGCUGGCGCGCGACCGCAGCGGGCGGUCGGGCGUGCACCGCGACGCGCUGGCCGAGAUGCGCGCGCUGGACGCGGCCGCGGGCAAGGCGCUGGGCGAGGCGCGCGGGUGCGUGUUGAGGCUGAAGGAGGCGCUGGGGGAGGCGGGGUGGAUGGAUCGGGUUUUGGAGGUUGUUUUUCCGGAGGAGGGGGAUGUUCUUCCGGAGGGGGGGGAGGGUGGUGAUAAGGGGGAUGGGGGUGGGGGUGUGGGUGUGGGUGUGGGUGUGGUGGGCAAGGCGGUGGAGGAGGUUGUUGGGGGGAGGGCGGGCGCGGAGGAGUGGGCUGGGAAGGUGGUGGAGAGUUGGAGGGAGGGGGUUAAGGGGUGGGGGAUGGUGAGGAUGGAGUAGGACAUGUGGUUAUAUGACCGGGUGGUUGGUUUGAGGUGGUACUGAUGGACUUGGUAGUUGGCCUGGGUGGGAUACUGAUGGAUGGUAGUUGGUUUAGGAUGUGACGGGAGACACUGAUCAGGGUGUGUUGAGGACGAAGUGCUGUAUCAGAACGAGAUCUCGGUGGCGGUGGGGAAAGGUUCUACGAUGAUAGAAGGGGGU